AUGACAGGAUUACAACAUACUACUUCAUCUUCCAAUCUAUUAUCGACAGAUAUUGAUGAUAUAGAGAAAUCGAAAGGUGCUUUUUCCUCUUCCUCUUCCUCUUCAUCUCCAUCUCCAUCUUCAACUUCUGGUAGUGGUAGUGGACCAAAAGAACUAGGUGAUCCAGAUUCAGAUUCAGUCAUGAUUGAUCCACAAGAUCCUUCCUCUUCCACCUCUACUUCCACUUCCAGCUCCUCAUCUGCUUCUACUUCCACUUCCACUUCAACUCCAACUUCGAUUUCGCAAUCCACAAGUAAGCCGGAGCAAGGUGAAGAAUCAAAAGAAGCAGAAGGGACAGAUGAUGUAGUCAUGAAUGAGAAUGAAGAUAUCCUCGAUCAUGAAAACGAUAAUGAUAAUCAACUCCAACAAGAUUCAGGUAUGGAAGAAAUCCCAGACGGAAGGAAUGCAGAUGAUUCAAAUGGCGAUAUAGAAGCUGGUUCAAACCAAGAAGGUAAACGUGUCAAGGUGUACGAACUCCAUGAUACGUCAUGGCACGAUCGAGGAACAGGAUUUUGUAGAGGGAUAUACGAUGAUAGACAAGAUAUAGCUUUGAUCGUUGUGGAACCUGAAGAUUUCGAACAAGAAGGUGGAAAAGUUGAAGGUGAAGGUGGUUUCUUAAAGAAUGGUCUAUUAUUAAGUGCCAGAGUUGAGAAAGAAGAUAUAUAUGGUAAACAGCAAGAUACAUUGAUAGUCUGGACGGAACCUGCGACGGGUCUAGAUAUGGCUUUAUCAUUUCAAGAUCCAGAAGGAUGUGAGGAUAUUUGGCAAUUCAUUUGUGAAGUUCAACGACAUCUAUUGAAUGUAGCUGCCGACGCAGAAGCACAUCAACAAGUCCCAUCAUCCUCGUCACCCGUCGCCAACUCACCUAUGCUAGGUCCUACUUCAUCAGCCAUGCAAUUGUCAGAUUCGAGAAUGCCAUGGCAAGUGCCAACUUUAGCAAAUAUAAGAGAUCAAGAGAUGUUCAUCAGAAUGCAAGCAAAGUCACCGGUGGGGAGAGAAAGGGCCGUUGAGCAUAUAUUGGGCGAAGACUAUAUCAAACAUCUAAUAGUAGUACUGGAGCAAGCGGAAGAUUUGGAAAGUCUGGAUGAUCUACACAUCUUGUGUUCUUUAAUGCAGACAAUAUUACUUUUCAACGAUAAUGGUAUUUUCGAGUACAUACUGCUAGACGAAAUAUUUGAAGGGGUGAUGGGGAUGUUGGAAUAUGAUCCCGAGUUUCCAGGAUUGAAAGCUUCUUACCGGCAAUACUUCAAAGACACUGCACGGUUCAAGCAAGUGGUGGAAAUCAGAGAUGAAAACAUACGUCAAAAGAUUCAUCAAACGUAUCGAUUACUGUAUUUGAAAGAUGUUGUUCUUGCACGACUAUUAGAUGAUCCAACAUUCAACAUUUUGAAUGGAUUCGUCUUUUUCAAUCAAGUCGAUAUCAUCAAUCAUAUCCAAUCGAAUGAUCCGCUGUUAACCCAACUUUUCAAUGGGUUUCAUGAACCACCACCACUUGAUCAAGAUAUAGAAAAGAUCAAAGAUGAACCUUUAGAUGAAAGGAAACGUGAUGUUGUAAUGUUCUUGCACCAAUUAAUGAUAAUGGGUAAAGGUGUACAAUUACCCAGCAGGUUAGCAUUAUAUCGAAAUUUAGUUGAAAGAGGAUUAUUAUUCGUUUGUGAAUGGUCUUUCAGACGAAAAGAACCACAUAUCUUACAUGCCGGAGCUGAAAUAUUAACUUUGGCCGUUGAACAUGAUUCAAACGUAGUAAGGAUGCAUGUCCUCAAAGAAGAUGAAGUCAAGAGGAGAACUUUGAUAAUGGAGAUUAUUGGACUAUUGCAUUCGACCAAAAACUUGGGUUUAAUGUCACAAAUGUCAGAUACAUUGAAAACAUUACUUGAAUCUCCUCCAGAAAAUGAAGCAUUUGUGGCUCGUACGAAAGAAGGCCCAGUAACAGAAAACUUCAGUACAAUGUUCUACGAGACAUCUGCAAACAACUUGUUCAAACCGCUCUUAGAGGCACCUGACAUCAAAGCGGAGCUCACCAAAAGUCCAAAAUUCAGGUUAACCCGUGAACAUAUUACACUUCUUCAGCUUCUUGUGGAAUUAUUAUCCUUCUGCGUAUUGAACCAUACUCACAAAGGAUCAUAUUUCAUUCUGUCAAAUCCCAUUUCAAAGAAAGUGGUCAAUCUGUUAUACGUGAAAGAUAAACCAUUACGACAUGCUGCAUUACGGUACAUUCGAGCAUGUCUCAAAACUCCAAAUCAUUUCAUACAUCGUUACUACGUGAAAAACGAUCUCUUCCUACCACUGUUAGAAUUGUUGGAAGAAGAAACUACACGAGAUAAUAUGAUGAGUUCGGCUUGUAUGGAUGUUCUUGAGUUGAUCAGACGUGAUAACCUCAAGACAAUCAUUAAUUACCUCUUCGAUACGUAUCGCGAACGAAUCGAACAAUUAACAUCUCGAGCAUUCUUACGAAAAUACAUACUAGGUCUACGUAAUCGAUGGGAAAUCAACAACGAGCCUCAACCACCUGUACAACAGCCUACUUUAGGUGAAGGCGAAUCAAGUAAAUCACAAGUCAAGAAUCGAUCUACGACAGAAGAGGAAGAUUACUUCAAUGCCUCUGAUGAAGAAGAAGUUACACCUACAUCCAAAGUAUCGCCUGUAACGGAGACUAUACCACUGAAGAGGAAGAGAAUGUUGACUCAUGGUGGAGGACCUGGAUCAAAGAAGCGACCUUCAGGUGCAAGGCAACAACAAGCUUCCUCUUCUUCCUCCCCGUCAACAGCUACAACUAACAGUGGUCCGAGUACACCAGGAAGUGCCAGUGGCGGUGGAGCGUUAGGAUUAGAUUAUGAUGAUGGUUCAGAUUCAGAUAAUUCUUCGUCAGGUAAUCAGUCUCCCAGGCAGUCACAAAGAUUACAACAACAACAUCACAGUAACCAGCUUCUGUCAGAAACUCCAAUAACUUCAGAUAUUAAGCCCACAGAGGUUUUGGAAGAAGAUUUGGGUGAUGUUCAAUUACGUAUGAGAGCUAAGAGACAAAGAGAAGAAGAGGAAGAAGAAGGUUUCGCAGGUUUAUUGGUCGGUGCAAACUCUACCACUUCCAACACCAAUAGCAAUACAAACUCUUCGGACAGACCACCAUCCAUCAUACCGAAAAUAGAGCUGAAAAAAGAUGGUGCCGGUGAUCAAAAUGCAAAGGAUUCAUCAUCAUCGGACACAAACACAAAAAAGAACAGUUCAACUCCGGUGAAGGAUAUGGGUAAGAAAAUAAGAUUGAAUCUAGGGUUUGGGAAGAAACUAGGUGGCGGCAAGUGA